UUGUGAGGUGUGUUUUCAACGGAGGCGACUUGUUAUGCAGGGGCUGCGUGACAAAGUGUCCUCAACACAAGCUUUGGUCACAAAGGGGUUGUCUCUGCAGAAAGUCCAGGUCCAUAUCACUGCUCCUUAUUCCUAGAGCUGUUUCCCUUCGUCGUGUUUCAUCAAAAGACAUGGCUUACCAUCCGCCCUCGUCCAGCCCUGGGAGCUGGAGCACCGGCCUGUUCGACUGCUGCAAAGACACCAGCGGCUGUUUGUUCGGGUUUUGCUGUUUCCCCUGCAUGCAGUGUCAGACUGCCAAAGAGUACGGAUGGUGCUGCCUCAUGCCGCUCCUGGACAUCUGCGGCGUGGUGUCCUGUAUACUCCGCUCCAACAUCAGAGACCGCCACAACAUUCCUGGCUCAGGCUGUGACGACUGCUUAAAAAUAGCGUGCUGCUACGCCUGCGUGUGGUGCCAGAUGAAUCGAGAGCUGAAGAUCAGGGGCAGCAAUCAGUCGGGCAACAACGUGGUCACGGCUCAAGUCGGCAGAGAUUAACAUGCCGCCGACUCGGAGGCGGCGUGUUGAGUUUGUCUGAAAUGUUCUGCAAACACUUCAGGUGAACCGCAGCUAUAAUUACAGGAAAAACCAACGCAGUUUAAAACAUGUGCUAGUUUAGUGCUUUUCAGUCCAACAUUUCCUUUUGCUACUUUUCUAAGGUUUUGGAAUUAUAAAGCGAAUGCUUCUUACUGGCAUGUUUAGCAGCCUGAGUUUUAUAGCAACACGGUUGACGUUUCUGACUUUUGUUCCUCAAUAAAAUACUUUUUUGCAAAUCUUCA